ACACGGCAAAAAUGCACAUACAUUAUUAAAGAAAUGUCUCCUUGGAACUACUUUUUUUGGGCCGAUUACCACGCUCGACGUGGUCGUCGAGUUCAGCAAAGUCAAACUCGGAUGGCGUUUUGAUGGCAUUUUUCGGUGCGGCGAGUCCUCGUGGAGGGGGCGACUCCAAGUUUUCAUCAUCAUCAUCAUCGUCCGAAUCGGAAUCGUCGGAUUCCAUGUCUACUAGACUCGUCAAGACACUGCCGUCGGUGGUGGCCCCGCGCAGCAAGAUCGUGUCGUUCACACUCACCAUGGACUUGGCCACGUCCGAGUGGCGGCGGCCGCGCUGGAGCUCCUCCGUGACGAGCUCCGACGCCCAUCUCGUGUCAUGGGCAGCCUCCACGUCGUCCAAAGUAUUCGACUUGUUCGAGGCGUGUGUGGACUGGUAAGCAUGGCGGACGGCGGAAGCGUCGUCUUCAAACUCUUCAAAGUCAUUUUCAAGCACGGAUUUGAUACGUCUCUGCUUUUCCUUGCGGGAUUUGCGCACGACAAACAAAGCCACUAACGCCACCAGCGCCACCACACCCACGGCGGCACUGAUGAUCCCUGCCAACGUGCCAGUACUCAUGCCAUCCUUGCCGCUACUUAGCUGAGAGGUUGGUCCUCCAAGAUUUGAGCUGCUGGCUUUCGCGACCAGUGGCACAUUUGCUGGCUGGAUCGCUGGACCCGCCAACUUUGGCGGGACAUGCGGCGGGACUGCCUUGGCACUCGUGGCAGAUUUCUUAGCCUUGGAUUUGGACGGCGCAUUAGUCGUCGCAGGUUUUGUUGUCUUCGUGGACUUCUUCUUGGGCUUCUUUGUGGGCUUCUUUGUUGUUGUUUUCGGCUUUUUAACCUUGGGCCGCUUGGUUCGCUUGUCCUUCAGCAUGCGCGACGCCACGGGGUCAUUACCUGCCAGGGCAGACGAGGCAGCGAUGCACAUCCAUGGUGACACCAACGCCACAGUCGUAUACACUGCGUUAGUCAUGGGAGCAACGCGCAAUGACACCGGACAAUUCGGC